ACACUGUCCUUGGCCAUGCUCUUUCUGCAGCUAGCACUUCUGCUUUGGGUUGGGGUCCUUAGGUUCGAUUCCUCCGAUGCGCUCUCAGACCUGGAACCGAUCCGGGCCGAGUCGGCCCUGCUGAAACCAAAGGUGAUGAUCGCCAUUCUGGCUCGGAAUUCCGAGCACAGCCUUCCUUUCUACCUGGGCUGCAUCGAACGCUUGGACUAUCCAAAGGACCGGAUCGCUAUCUGGGCUGCAGCAGACCACAGCGUUGAUAACACGACGGCCAUGCUGCAGGAGUGGGUGUCCGGAGUGGAAAGACUGUACCAUUCUGUACGGUUUCAAACAACAGAGCACAGCAAGAGUUCCUAUGCUGAUGAGCUUGGACCCAAGCACUGGACAGACUCCAGAUUCCGCCAUGUGAUGCAGCUAAGGCAGGCUGCCCUCAGAUCAGCCCGGGCUCAGUGGGCUGACUACAUUUUGUUUGCCGACAGCGAUAACUUACUGACGAACACGAAGGUCCUGAGCCAGCUGAUAGCCGAGAACCUCACCCUGGUGGCGCCCAUGCUGGAAUCCAGAACGCUCUACUCCAACUUCUGGUGUGGGAUGACUGCACAGGGAUAUUACAAGAGAACCGAUUCAUACAUUCCCAUUCGAAACUGGAAGCGGGUCGGGUGUCACGCCGUGCCCAUGAUUCACUCCACCAUGCUGCUGGAUUUACGCCGCCAUGCCAGUCGUUCCCUGGCAUUCUACCCACUCCACCAGCUCUAUCCAUGGAUCCUGGAUGACAUCCUGGCCUUCGCAUUUUCAGCAAGACAGGCAGGAGUGCAGAUGUUUGUGUGUAACCAGGAGCAUUAUGGGUAUUUGCCAGUGCCACUGGAGACCAAGCAGACCCUGGAGGACGAGAAGGAGAGCUUCACCCACACGCUCACGGAGGCCAUGAUUGAUUUCACUUUGGAGCCUUCGCACUAUUUGCACACACCAUCGAGAAACAAAGACAGACUUGGAUUUGACGAGAUCUAUAUCAUUAACCUAAAGCGCCGCAUGGACCGUAGGACGCGCAUGAUACACACUUUGGAUAUCUUAGAGAUGGAAGCUACACUGACUGAUGCAGUGGAUGGCAAAGCGCUGAACUCAUCACAGCUCCAGAGUUUAGGGAUAGAGAUGCUGCCCAGCUACCAAGACCCCUACUCCGGCCGAGUGCUCACUAAAGGCGAGGUCGGCUGUUUUCUUAGCCAUUACAACAUCUGGAAGCAGGUGGUGGAACGUAAGCAGCAGCAGGUACUCGUGCUAGAGGACGACAUUCGCUUUGAACCGAACUUCAAGAGCCGUCUGAACAUGAUCAUGGAGGACGUUUGGCGAACACAUCUCCAGUGGGACUUGAUAUAUGUGGGUCGUAAGCGGUUGCAGGUGAAGAAUUCUGAACGCUGGGUGCAGGGGACAAAGAACCUUGUACACCCUGAUUAUUCCUACUGGACUCUGGGAUACGCACUCUCUCUUCAAGGUGCUAAAAAACUCCUGGAGGCCAAACCUUUGAGUAAAAUGCUGCCAGUAGAUGAGUUCCUGCCCAUCAUGUUCAACAAACAUCCCAAGGAAGAGUAUAUGGCUCUCUUUAAGCAGAGGGACCUAUUAGCCUUCUCAGUGGAACCUCUCCUCCUCUACCCAACCCACUACACAGGGGAACCGGGCUAUACCAGUGACACCGAAACGUCCACUAUCUGGGACAACGACAACAUUGACACAGACUGGGACCGCCAGGGUACCCAUAAAAAGCAGAAUCGUGGCGAUGCAGGCUCUCUACCUACUUCAAGUCGAGGCAGCAGGGAUGAAUUGUAAACUAGAAAAUGGCAAUGAACAGCAUGGGGUGUAGUAGGUUUUAUGAACAUAAAAAUCUUGGCAUAUAUUAAAAAGGAGCUAAAACCAUAUUAAGGAAAUACUGAUGUCAUAAAUGAUUGACAACAACGAUGAGAUACAAGUUACAGCACACAUAGGCAAUAUUACUUAUCUCUAUGUUUUGCAUGCUUGGAAAAUUUUAGAACACAAGGGUUCUUAGUGGUCGACGAGUAAAACCUUAUAACUGACCAUUUCCAUAAUGUUUCAAGUACCUAAUUAAGAACCAAUAUUUGCUUAAUGAGCUAUUUGGGAAUUAUGAACUUCGCACCACACUUUAACCCAGUCAAGUUCUCCAUAAACCCAUUUGUUUUACGUUAAACAAUGUAGAGUUACCCAUGGUUUCUUUACGGCUCACUCAAUAAUCAAG